UGUCCGAGACUGGAGAGGCAGCUGGGGAGGAAGAGGAGGGAGAGGGGAGGCUUCAGAUCAACGAGCGACCCAAGGGCGCUUUGAAGAGGAGGCAAAGCAAACAAGAACCCCCAUCCGUGGCCGGUGAUCAAUCGUCUGAAAGGACCAAAGAGAGUUCUGGGAGACCAGAGGCCCCCGAGCUGAGGCUGGUGCUUCUGGGGGACUCUGGGGCCGGGAAGAGCGCCGUGGGAAACAUCAUCCUGGGCAGAGAAGCGUUCAGCUCCGACCCCGGGAGCGAGACGAAAGAGAUCCAGAAGAGGAAGGGGCUGGUGGAGGGGUGGCGCGUUGCGGUGGUAGACGCGCCGGACUUGUCAUCCACCAACGUCUCUGGACACUGGCGCCGAAGGGCCAUCGAUCAAUGCGUCAACCUGUCGGCCCCAGGACCCCACGCGUUCCUCCUGGUCCUGCCGCUGGGCGGGGGCGCCGGCGAGGCGUGGGGAUCGCUGGAGCGGGGGUUGGAAAUGUUUGGCGAGGAGGUGUGGGGGUACACAAUGGCCCUCUUCACCGGGCGCGGCGAGGAGGCGAGGGGCGCCACGGCCGAGGAGUGCCUGGGGUCGCGCGGUGAGGAGCUCCGUCGGCUCGCGGGCAGGUGCGGGAAGGGGUGCCAUGUCCUCGACUGUGAGGACAUGGAAGAUCGGGCCCAGGUUGCCGCACUCCUGGAGAAAAUCCAAAUGAAUCUCCCGUACUACAAUAAUAGCGCAUACCGGAAUGCGGAGUCCAAGAUCAACCGCAAAAUGGAAGAGAUCCUGAGGGAGAAGCAGGAGAAAAAACAGAGGGAGGAGGACAAGCACCGGCGGAAGUACGAGAAGGAGCUGGAGAACUGGGUGCAGAAGAUGCAGGCUGAAAUCAGGGAGCAAGAGGACAAGAUCAGGGAGCAAGAGGACAGGAUAGCGGAGCUGGAGGAGAGGCUGGCCGGAGAGGGGGAUCGGGAGCGGAUCAGAACGCUCGAGGCCGAGCUGAGGAGGGAGCGGGCAGAGAGGGAGAGGCUGGAACAGGAGGUGGACGGGCUGAAGAGGGAGAUGGAGAAGGAGAGGAGAGAACGGGAGAAGAGGCACCGGAGAGAGCUGGAGGAGAUCCGCAGGGGCUACGAGGAAAGGGCGCGGGAGGAAGCAGAGAGGGACGCCGAGUGCGCUGAGUCAAAUGUCCAGAGAUUAGCAGAGUCGCUGAGCUUUUUCGGGGAGAAGGCCGAAAGUCACGCAAUGAUUCUGUUCACACGUGGGGAGGAACUGAAAGGCAAGACGCCCGAGGAGUUCGUUCAACAAGGCGGCAGGGACCUCCGACGACUCGUGCAAAAGUGCGGACACAGGUGGCACGUUCUCCGUGCUGGCAAAACAGCCAACCGUGUUCAAGUCACGGGACUUCUGGAGAAAAUUGAGGAAAUGCUGCAGGAAAGCCAGGGCAGUUUCUACAGCAAUCUGAGGUACUGGGAGGUGGAAGAGAGCAUCAGGGCUAGACAGAGGCAAAUCAUGAAGGAGAGAUACGAGAGGGACCUGAACAGGAAGCAGGUGGAGCUGAAGGGGAAGUACCAGAGGGAGUACGAGGAGUGGGUGGAGGAAAACCUGAGGAUCGAUGAGAACAAGAUGGAGGAUCGAGAAGCAUGGUAUUACAGAGCUGCAGGAAACAAUUAAGGAAGAGAGGGACAGGAAGAGGAUGGGAGCUUUGAUGAGAGAACUCAGGCAAUGCUGGGAGGAGAGGCAAAGGAGAGAGUACGAGGAAACCAGUCACUUGCAGAAGCUGGAAGUAAUGCACCGGAAGGAGAGUUUUGGGAGAUCCGGGAUCAGUCUACUGUGGACGGAUUGGCGCAGACCCUACGAAUUUAGGAUAGGGAGUCAAGACGUUUGGGGAAGGGGACCGGAAUGUGCGAGGAAUGAGGAGAUUUCCCAGGGGAGGAGGUGCUGGAGGAAGCGGGAGGAAAGCUACAGAAAACGCUGUGAGGACCGCUUCCGGGAAGAGAUGGAAGAAGGUAUUCAGACUGAAAAGAAAAAGGCGAGGGAAGAGGC